AUGGCAUCUGCUUCGACCAGCGUAGCGGGCGCAGGCACCAACGGUCGACCCGUUGUAUUUAUGGACAUCUCCAUCGGCGACCACCCGGCAGGCCGCAUCAAGUUCGAGCUGUAUUCCGACAUCGUGCCGCGCACCUGCGAGAACUUCCGCCAGCUGUGUACGGGCGAGUUCCGUCCCAACCACACACCCGAGGGCUACAAGAACGCCAUCUUCCACCGCAUCAUCAAGGACUUUAUGUGCCAGGGCGGAGACUACAUCAAUGCAGACGGCACCGGCUCCCGCUCCAUCUACGGCGACACUUUCCAAGACGAGAAUUUCAGCCUCAAACACGACCAGCCGGGCCUGCUCAGCAUGGCCAAUUCGGGUCCGGGCACAAACGGUUGCCAGUUCUUCAUCACCGCUCAGCCAUGCCCCUUUUUGGACGGAAAACAUGUGGUGUUUGGCAAGGUCGUCGACGGUCUUUUGACGUUGAGGAAGAUGGAGAAUGUUCCGACGGGCGCAAACAACCGUCCCAAGAUGGACGUCAGGAUCACACAAUCGUCGACGUGUCAGCGAUGCAUUAUCGAUGUGCCAUCCCCCACCGUUCGCAAAUCUUCCGGACCGGAGAAGGCAUGCGAUCGGGCAAUCGUUUUGAGAUCAAGGCGUCGAGCCCGAUGGAAAAGUGGAGAAUGGCACGAGCUGCAAGAUGAAAUCAUGAUCGAUGGCCCGCCUUCGCCCUCGCAACACCCGACUGGCCAAGCCAAUCCCACCACUGCUAGAGCAUGCUGCGCGCUUCCAGCAUUGUACAUACGCAAGCAGCAUGGCUCGAUGCGAGCAGUUUCGUCCAGCGGCACGGAUGCACACCGAUCUUCGGACCGUGGCCCGGGCGCGCGUGCCGCUCCUGCGCUUUAUCGCUGCCAGAUCAGCAGCACGCAGCUCUCUCCACCCACGCCUCGCCUCGUUGCGCUGCGCUGUGCUGUGCUGGGCUGCCCUCGAAUCCUUUCCCCCACCACCACCAUCACCGUGUCGGAAAUACAAUCCACCAAAAUGUCCGCCCUCGACUCGCUCAAGCAGUACACCGCCGUCGUCUCGGACUCGGGCGACUUUGAGUCCAUCGACGCCUACAAGCCCCAGGACGCCACCACCAACCCUUCGCUCAUCCUGGCCGCCGUCAAGCAGGAAAAGUACGCGCGUCUCAUCGACGUCGCCGUGCAGUACGCCAAGGAGCAGACCUCGGACAAGACCAAGCAGCUCGACCUCGCCACUGACCGUCUGCUCGUCGCCUUUGGUGUGGAGAUCCUCAAGAUCAUCCCCGGCCGUGUCUCGACCGAGGUGGACGCGCGCCUCUCGUUCGACAAGGAGGCCACCAUCGCCAAGGCCAAGUCGCUCAUCGCCCUGUACGAGUCGCUCGGCGUCAAGCGCGAGCGCGUCCUCAUCAAGAUCGCCUCCACCUGGGAGGGCAUCCAGGCCGCCCGCGAGCUCGAGUCGCAGCACAACAUCCACUGCAACCUCACGCUCCUCUUUGGCUUCAACCAGGCCGUCGCCUGCGCCGAGGCCGGUGUGACGCUCAUCUCGCCCUUUGUCGGCCGCAUCCUCGACUACUACAAGAAGGCCGAGGGCAAGGAGUACGCCUCGCACGAGGACCCCGGUGUGCUCUCGGUGCAGCGCAUCUACAACUACUACCGCCAGCACGGCUACAAGACCAUCGUCAUGGGCGCCUCGUUCCGCAACACGGGCGAGAUCCUCGAGCUCGCCGGCUGCGACUUCCUCACCAUCUCGCCCAAGCUGCUCGAGGAGCUCAAGAACGCCCAGGGCCCCAUCGAGCAGAAGCUGUCGGUCGACAAGGCCAACGCCGCCGAGAAGAUCCCCAAGGUGUCGUACAUCAACGACCAGCCCGCCUUCCUGCUCGACCUCGCCAAGGACCCCAUGGCCAACACCAAGCUCGCCGAGGGCAUCGCCGGCUUUGCCAAGGACGGCGCCACCAUGGAGCAGAUGAUCGCCGACAAGCUCUAA